AUGUUAAGCUCGGUUAACAGUGAACAGUUGAGUACGAGCUCUCAAAUCACUGAGAUUGAAGAGUCAAGUCCGAACGUGCAUCAUCAAAAUCAAGCGCAUCAAGCCAAUAAUCUGAAUCACCAAGUGACUACUCAAAAUCAAUUGCCUCCGAUGAAUCAAAAUCACGCUCCUCUAGUUAAUAAUAAUCGUCAAUCCAAACAAAUUGUUGAUCAUUCUCAACUUGUUCUACACCACCGUAUGCAAAAUAAUAAUCCUCAACCUAUUCAUCAAAAUAAUAAUAAUUUCUACCCUCAACCUAAUAAUCCCCAACACAGUUUUCAAUUUAAUGAUCUUCCCCAACCCAACCCCAUUAAUGAUCGAAACCGUACUCAAAAUAAUAAUCCUCAGCCUAUUCAGCCCAUUCAACAGAAUAAUUGCCAGCUUCAACCUAAUAAUCUUAAUAAUCUUCAACCCUGGCCUCAGCCCAAUCAUAAUGAUUCUUCUCAACCUAAUCAACUCGUUCAUGAUCGACACUAUAUUCAAAAUAAUAAUCCUCAACCUAUUCAACAGAACAGCUUUCAGCCUCAAACUAUUCAAAAUAAUGUUCAUCCUAAUCAAAGUCUUCAACAGCAAAUGGAUCAGGUGAAAAUGUAUCUCAAUGCCAUACUUGUUGAACUAGGAAGUAAUCAAAUUAGUAGAGCAAUUCCUUCCCUUUACGGACUUUCUAACUCCAUGGAACAACGAAGUAAUGAAAAUAGCAUGCCACCCGCUACCUAUCAAGAAACCCAAGAAACCACAGAUAACAUCAACCAAAACCAGCGUUUGAUAGAUUAA